AUGGCCUGCAGUUGCCGUGUGCUCCUGCUGCUGCUGGUUGCAGCCACUCUGGGGUGGGGGCUGGGCCAACAUUCACUCCCGGAGCCAGAUCUCCCUGGUCUACAGUACAGCUAUGAAUGUGGGGUGCAGGGCAUGCAGCUGCUGGUGCUCCCCAGUCCCGGCCAGCAUGUCGGCUUCAAGGUGGUGGAUGAAUUUGGAAACCAAUUUGACGUGAACAACUGUUCCAUCUGCUACCACUGGAUCACUUUCAAGCCGCAGGGGGCAGUGGUCUUCUCUGCUGAUUACAAAGGCUGCCACAUGCUGGAGAAGGAUGGGCAUUCUCAUCUGAGGGUGAUCAUAGAAGCUCUGCUGCCCAACGGUCAUGUCCAGGCAGCACAAGACACCACUUUGAUCUGCCCCAAGCCCAAGAUCUCCUGGACUCCAGACUCGAAUCUAGUGCCACCAACCAUGUCUUCACUUUCUAUUCCUACUUCCCUGCCUUUCCAACCCACCUCCAGCGAACCCUCUCUUGGCUCUGGCCCCGCCCUCCCCAGCCAGGCUCGCCCAUCGCCUGUUACCCAUCUGACCCCGGAGCAGUGUCAAGUGGCCUCUGGACACAUCCCCUGUGUAGUGAGAAGCAAUUCAAAGGAAGCCUGUCAACAGGCUGGCUGCUGCUAUGACAACACCAGAGCAAUCCCUUGUUACUAUGGCAACACAGUUACUGCUCAGUGCUUCAGAGAUGGACACAUUGUCUUGGUGGUGUCCCAAGAAACAGCCUUGGCACACAGGAUCACACUGGCCAAUGUCCGCCUGGCCUAUGCCCCCACCAGCAGCUGCCCCCCAGCCCAGAAGACGGCUGCGUUUGUGGUCUUCCAUUUCCCUCUCACCCACUGUGGGACCACAGUCCAGGUGGUCAGCAACCAACUCAUCUAUGGAAACCAGCUCGUGUCUGACAUCGACAUCCAAACGGGGCCCCGGGGCUCCAUCACGAGGGACAGCAGCUUCCGGCUCCAUAUCCUCUGUAUCUUCAAGGCCAGUGACUUUCUGCCUGUCCAAGCAUUCGUCUUUCCGGCCCCACUGCUCAGCCCUGUCAACUUGCCCGGUCCGCUGCGCCUGGAGCUCCGGAUUGCCAAGGACCAGACCUUCAGCUCCUACUACGGAGAGGAUGACUACCCCGUCUCCAAGCUGCUCCGAGAGCCAGUCCACGUGGAGGUCCGGCUCCUGCAGAGGACAGACCCCCGCGUGGCCCUGGUGCUGCACCAGUGCUGGGCCGCGCCCGGCUCCAGCCCCUUCCAGCAGCCCCAGUGGCCCAUCCUGGCAGACGGGUGCCCUUUUGAUGGUGAUGGCUACAGAACUCAGAUGAUGGCCGUGGACGGGGCACUACCCUUCCCAUCUCACCGCCAGCGGUUCACUGUGGCCACCUUCGCCUUCCUGGACAAAGCCUCCCGCACUGCCCUCAGGGGACCAGUCUACUUCUUCUGCAGCGCAUCUGCCUGCUACCCCUCGGGGCCGGAGACCUGCUUGACCACCUGUGACAUCGGGGCUGCCAGACGACGUCGGUUCUCAGGUGACCACGACACUGUCAAGCCCCAAGACAUGGUGAGCUCUCCGGGGCUGGUGGCCUUUGAGGACCUCAGUGCACAGGAGCCUACCUUGGAGCCCACAGGCUCCAGCAGGAAGGCCGAUCCCCAGCUGCUCGUCUGUCUGGUCCUGCCAGCGGCUGCCUUGGUCCUACUGAUCGGCGUCUUCUCAGGCCUGAGGCACGUCUAGAGCCAGAAGCUCCAGGAAGCCAAUAAUGGGAUACUAAGGCACAAUAAACCAUUGUUGGAAACUGCUGGAAAUCAGUGUGAUACUUACUGA